UUUUGACGCUUUGAAUGUCAUCUGAGAGUUUUCGACAAUUUCCAGCACGCAACCGGCUUUGCUGCACGUUUUUCAUAAAUUUCCACAAAAUGAAUUCAAUUUUAAAGGCAGCGAUCCGUUUAAACGGUAUACGAACGGUUUUGCACCCCGUUAAGAAUCUCGUAUCUGUGUCAAGACCGCAGAAUCAAAUUUUAGCGGCCAGAAAUCUAUGGUACAUGACUAGCAUCCAAUCGCAGAAAUUGUCGGCAAUUCACAGUAAUUUGUGCAGUUGUGGCUGCGGUAGCAGAAAGGGGGUUCAUACCAAAGAAAUUUCAGCCGAGAAGGAGCUGGUGGAAUUCCUGACUGAGGAAAUUUUGGCUGAGAGAAAAGCCCAGAAAGUCAAAACCAUUCCUACCGAGAUCCAAGGAUUUACGGCCAGUUUAAAUGGGGCAGAAGUCACAUUAACUAAAAAGACUGACUCAGAACUAAUCAAAAUCACGUUCAACGUAAACAACUCGGUCGACACUGAUGCAGAGCCAGAAGUGAACGAAAAUUUGGAUAAACCGGAGAUAGGAGAACUGAAGUCCAAGCCAUCAUUUAAAGUAGAUUUGGUACGUGGGGACAAUACUAUCAGUGUAUUGUGUUCCUUUGUGCCCCCAAGUGAACAGGAAGAUGGAUACAAUGAUAGUUUUGGUAUAGAUGAGCUGAGCAUCUACAGCGGCGAAUGGAAUGAGAAUGUUUACUCAGUUUCAGGAGAGGUGUUAGAUUCGGUAAGAUACCUCUAUGAUCUGAUACUGAACUACUUGGAAGAAAAAGGUCUCACCAAUGAGUUUGUAGACAAAUUGUCCGAGUACAGUACGGCAUACGAACAUUCAGCGUAUAUCGGCUUGUUAGAAGGACUGUCGAAGUUUGUUGCUGGCAAGUAGGUAUUUCGCAUUAUGAAUCUUUCGGUUACAUAAGCGUUACUAUGUAUUAUAAAAAAUUUAGUUUUAAGAUAAUCCAAACCGUUGUUAUCUUUGGAUUUCCUCACUUGUUUUAUAUUUUGAAAAAUAAAAACAUUGUAUGGUAA